CCUUUUGCCUUUAACGUCGUUUCCACACACACACACACACACAUCUCUCUCUCGCUCUCCUCUCUCUCUCUCUCUCUCCGCUUCUUCCCAUCUGUAUCCGCAGCUCUGAGUACUGCUAGCGGAGGGGAGGCGUCGGCGAUUCAGUAAAGCGGGCACGAAUCCUGGCGAGGCUGCGCUCGACCGAGGCCCCUUGGAAUUGCUUCGUUUCGCUCGUGCUCUGUCUUUGCCACUACUCCAAGCCGCCGCUUCUUGCCUCUUUCGCGGAGUCACAAGCGAACAACGUGGGGCUAAGCGUCGGAACCAAGAAAGGUGGGAUCUUGACGGAGAGUAUAGAGCGAAGGGGUGGAGAGGCCGGACGGGAAGAGAUAUUGGAUGCAGAAAGGCGGGAUUUUGACGGAGGAGACGCGAAGAAUGGGAUGUGAGAAGGCUUCCGGUGGUGGUGGUGGUGGUGGUGGUGAGAGGAAGUAUGAAGUAGGGGAAGGGAGAGGACGAGGAGCGGGCGUGGAAGGGGAAGGGGUGGGCGAAGGGCUCCUCUACGUGAAGGUGAUGACGGACGAGCAGCUGGAGGUCCUCCGCCGUCAGAUCGCGGUCUAUGCCACCAUAUGUGAGCAACUUGUCGAGAUGCACAAGGCCAUCACUGCUCACCACGACUCCCUCGCAGGAAUGAGGCUGGGAGGCCUCUACGGUGAUCCCCUGAUGGCGUCUGGUGGUCACAAAAUCACUGCUAGGCAGCGGUGGACUCCAACAACCAUGCAGCUACAAAUUCUUGAGAGUAUGUUUAAUCAAGGCAAUGGGACUCCGAGCAAGCAGAAGAUAAAGGAGAUAACCAUUGAGCUAUCACAACAUGGUCAGAUCUCUGAAUCUAAUGUCUACAACUGGUUCCAGAAUAGGAGAGCACGAUCAAAGCGAAAGCAGAUGGCUUCAUUUCCUAGUAAUACAGAGUCUGAAGUAGAGGCAGAUGAGGAAUGCAUGAACGAAAAGAAACCCAAGCCCGACGGCAGCCAUCAUGAAGGCAUGCCAGCCGGUGUUAAUAAUCUUCCCAUGUACGAUGCACAACUCCAUUCGUUCGAGCGGGAGCUAAGCCAAGCACAAGGCAUACAUCGAUCAAGUGAGAGUUCAAAGUCUUCUAGCGGUUCUGGGCAGAUGUCCUUGAAUGAAUAUGUUCUAUCGACACCAAGAUUCGACAACUCGAUGGAGAAGUUUGACAUUCCGAGUUUUAACCCUUACCAUCCAGGAGAAAGCUAUGACAUCAUGGGUUGACAUUUAAAUGCAUGAGCUUGAACUAAUCAUUCACUUGAGAAUGACUAUUAAGUUGUCUUUUUGAGAACACAAGAGUGCCUUCUCCGCAUGAGAUGAUCGUAGUUGGGAUCUAAUAGACAUGUCUUGGUCAUCUUUGAUUGUGAUAUACAGUUCUCUGGUUUCUUCUUACAGCAAACAUUUGUCAUGUUUGAUCGUCUUACAGUGCAGUUUAAGUGCUUCUCGGUCCCCUUUGGAUUAUUACUACAA